AUGAUUCACGGAAACGCCUCGAGCCGCUGGUGGGUCGAGCUUUUAACAGAAGUGACAAUUUUCGUUAUAGGGUUUUUGGGAAAUAUCUUUGUGCUUAUUAUCGUUCACAAGAGGAACGCCAGGAUGACAGUACAUGGGAUUUUUGUUACAAGUCUGGCUAUUGCAGAUCUGGUUUUGCUGUGCUUUGAUUCACCUGUUUCUAUUUUACGCCGGUUCAGUCUCGAGUCCGAAACAUAUAACUGCAGAGUACAUCCGUCUGUUGUUACAACCGGAUACAAUGCAGGACUCUUCACUAUCACUUCCAUGGCGAUUCAUCGGUGCCAUAUUGUAACAAAUCCGUGGAAACCGAAGCUGAAGCGGAGAGGUUCAAUAAUUUGGGUGUCGCUUGUGUGGCUGGCUGCUUUUAUUUUGGUUAUUCCGCUUAUUGUUGUCAAUAGAAUAACAGAAAAUGGCAAAUGUGAAGAGCAGUGGUCCUCACUCACAGUCCGUCGGGCAUACACUGCUUUGCUAAUGACACUUCAGUACAUGCUACCACUGCUCAUAACAGCAAUUUGUUAUCUUCGAAUACUGGUAUUUUUGAAACAGCGACCUGUGUUGCCGGGAAACAACGAUCCCAGCAACAGAAGUCCAGCUCUAAAUGAAGAGAACACCAGAGAAACAAUAACGAUACUAAAGACCGUAGCAGCAAUUGUUUUCUUGUUUUUGGUGUUGUUGUUGCCAAAUCAAGUCGCUUGGAUGCUGUUGGAUUUCAGAAAUGUUUCCUAUGAAGAGCUUUGGUUUGUCGCAGAUAUACUGACAAGACUGCAUAGCUGUCUAAACCCAGUUGUGUACGGAGUCACGAACAAACAGUACCGUCGUAGUUACGCCAGCUUUUUAUCGUGCAUGUUUUGCACGAUAUCGUGCAUGUUUUGCGGUUGCGGACGAUCUGGGAGCCUUGAUCUUACGCCAGCGGAAAACGCCACCGCAUAAUUCAGGAAACGACUGAGCAAUUUGCCUGUGGUUACACGGAACAGUGUUAGAUUCAAGAACUUAAGAUUUUCUUUAAAAAAAAUUACAUUUGUUAAGGGGCGCUACUCAUGCCAUGUUUGACCAAAAAACAUUAACCCCCUCACAAACUUUUUAACUAAAUACGUUUUAACGCAAAAUGUUUCCCAUAUCCCUUGAUUAACUCAUAUUAUUCUAUGUUAUUCCCGUGUGAUUAACCUCGGUUGCCAGACAAAUUACCUGAUCUAGGCGGAGCAUCAUCAACUUUAUAUACAAAAAGGAUAAUCUCGAGAAACAACUCAAGGAAUAUAGUUCCUUCUUAAACUUCCUGGUUAUGCGCUCUACUGUAAACGUUAGAGUUAGCGCCAAGGGAGCUUGCUAAUGCUUUUGAUUC